GUGGCCAGGGCGGGCGCGGGGCGCACCGGAGCCAGCGGAGCGCAGCGGAGCGGAGCGGCCACCGCCGCCGCCGCCACCCCCGAGCCCUCCCCCCGCCGCCGCCGCCCUGCUCCCCCCCACCGGCACCAUUCCCACCCCCGGGCGACAACGCGCCCCGGCCGGGCGGCGGCUCAGCCUGGGCCGGAAAACUUUACUGGCGGCCGCGGCGGGGGUGGUGAUGGUGCUGGUGCUGGUGGUGCUCAUCCCGGUGCUGGUGAGCUCGGCCGGUACCGACGGCCGGUACGAGAUGCUGGGGACUUGCCGUAUGGUCUGCGAGCCCUACGGCCCCGCCGCCGCCCCCCCGCCGCAACCGGCCGAACGCGGCCCCCUCCCGCCGCCCUCCACCCUGGUGCAAGGUCCCCAAGGCAAACCGGGGCGACCGGGGAAACCGGGACCUCCGGGGCCACCGGGAGAACCGGGACCGCCGGGACCGGCGGGGGCGCGGGGUGAAGUGGGACGACCGGGACCUCCGGGAUUACCGGGUCCGGGGGCUACCGGUGCGGUGAGCGCGGCUACCUACAGCACGGUGCCACGCGUCGCCUUCUACGCCGGCCUCAAGAACCCCCACGAGGGCUACGAGGUCCUCAAGUUCGACGACGUAGUCACCAACCUGGGGAACAGCUACGACGCCGCCUCCGGCAAGUUCACCUGCGCCAUCCCCGGCACCUACUUCUUCACCUACCACGUCCUCAUGCGCGGCGGCGACGGCACCAGCAUGUGGGCCGACCUCUGCAAGAACGGCCAGGUGCGGGCCAGCGCCAUCGCGCAGGACGCCGACCAGAACUACGACUACGCCAGCAACAGCGUCAUCCUCCACCUGGAUGCGGGGGAUGAGGUCUUCAUCAAGCUGGACGGGGGCAAAGCCCAUGGCGGCAACAACAACAAGUACAGCACCUUCUCCGGCUUCAUCAUCUACUCGGACUGAGCCCGGACCCACGGCAUCGCCCCACGGCCCUCACGCCCCACAGCAUCCCCCUGCUGCCCUCCAGCCCCACGGGAUCCCCCCGCGGGGGUCCAGGCCGUCUCUGGUGCCCCCAACCCCCCCUUUCCCAUUUGCUCACCCACGGCUGCUCAUUCGGGGCUGGGGGGGGCCGCGGGGGGCUGGGGGCCAGCAAGAGGCUGGGGGUCCCCCCUGCCCCCCCGCCCCUGCAUCCCCAUCCCCUGGCUGCGUGCCCUGCUUUGCCCCACAGCUCCCUGCUGCCUCCCCACACCCGGGGCGAUGCCAGGGGCCGGGGGGUCCCCGCGGGCGUGUAUAUAUGUACAGGACGCGCGGAUGUCUAUACGGGUGCCCCGGCCCCGUGCCGGGGGGCUGCGCUGGGGCAGGGGGAGAUGCCUUGUGUCCCCCCCCAGGGCGACUCCAUGGUAAAGCAGAGCUGU